GUGAGAAGGCGAGCAGUAGAGAGAGCGUGUGUGCGCCAGCCACUGACACGCACGGAGAGAGAGACCGGGCACGAGUGCUUCUUUUCUUCUAACCGUCGUCCGUUCAACUCACUUCGACCAUUGCCCGCUGUCCAUCAGGACCUGCUGAAAAUGAUUCGGACCUUCUUCUGUUUCCUCGGAUUGCUCGUCGGCGGCAGUCAAGGUGUCCUCCAAGUGUCAAUCUCGCUAAAAAAGGUGGAGCUGAGCGUUGGAGAGUCCAAGUUCUUCACAUGCACAGUGAUUGGGGAGCCUGUGAGUCUGGACUGGUAUAACCCACAGAGGGAACGGAUGGUCUCAUCUCAACGGGUGGCCCUGCACAAUGAAGGUGUUCGCUCCAGACUUACCCUCUAUAAUGCCAAAAUAGAAGAUGCUGGCAUCUACCGUUGCCAGGCCAGCGACGCACAGGGACAGACACAGGAGGCCACUGUGGUGCUGGAGAUCUACCAGAAGCUGACGUUCAUGGACGUGAGGUCUCCUCAGGAGUUUCGACAGGAUGAUGUUGCUGAAGUGGUCUGUGAUGUCUCCAGCUCACCCGUGCCUGUAGUCGCCUGGUUUUUUAACAACGUGGAGAUCACUGAAGAUAGUCAGAAGUUUCAGCUCCUACAAAACAACAAUCUGCAAAUCCAGAGAGUGACUAAAGCAGAUGAAGGAGUGUAUCGCUGUGAGGCCAGAGUCGAGGCCAGGGGAGAGAUCGACUUCCGGGACAUCAUCCUGGUGGUUAACGUUCCACCAGUAGUGUCUGUGCCACAGCAGUCCUUCAAUGCCACUGCAGACUAUGGAGAAUCAGUGACCUUCACCUGCCGGGCCUAUGGCUCACCUGAGCCCGAUGUUACCUGGCACAGGAAGGGAGUGCAGCUUCAAGAGUCGGAGCGGUACAUAAUGAGAGCUCGGGGUACGACGCUCACCAUUCGAAACAUUCAACAGGAUGACGGAGGCUCCUACACUUGCAAGGCCUCUAACAAGGCAGGAGAAGUUCAGCACGAACUCUUCCUCAAAGUUUUUGUCCAGCCUCACAUUACUAAGCUAAGGAAUGUGACUGCUGUGGAGGGAAACGCUGCUAUGAUCUCCUGCAAGGCUGAAGGUGAACCUUUACCAGAAAUCUCCUGGAGGAGAGCAAGUGAUGGGCACAGCUUUUCAGAUGGAGACAAGAGUUCAGAUGGCCGUGUGGAGGUGCGAGGGCGUUAUGGUGAAUCCAUGCUGACUAUUGUGGGAGUCAGACUGUCCGACUGGGGACGCUUUGACUGUGAGGCUCUCAGCAGGAUCGGAGGACAUCAGAAGAGCAUGUUCCUAGACAUUGAGUAUGCUCCGAAGUUCCAGACCAACCAUACCAUAUUUUUCUCAUGGGAGGGGAACCCAGUCAACAUCAGCUGUGAUGUUAUGUCUAACCCUCCAGCCACAAUGCUGUGGAGACGAGACAAACUGACCAUCUCCAGUGAGGGUGCUGGAAAUAUGCGUGUGCACAGUGCACCUGGGAGAUCGCUGCUUGAGGUCACCCCCAUGUCAGACAGAGAUUUUGGCCGUUACAACUGUACAGCCAGGAACAACAUUGGGAUGCGCUUUCAGGAGUUUAUCCUGGCACAGGCAGAUGUUCCCUCAAACCCCUACUCUGUGCGCCUGAGCUCUGUGGCCCAGCGCGUGGCGACGGUUACCUUCACGAAGCCAGACUCCCACGGCGGCGUACCCAUCAAUCACUACCUGGUCAAAUACAAAGACAUCAGUUUACAAGACUGGAAGGAUGUGAAAUCACAGGGGACACAGACAUUCGUGUUGCUCACUAACCUUGAGCCCAACACGACCUACGAGGUGCGAGUAGCCGCGGUGAACGGAAAAGGUCAUGGGGAGUUCAGUCGCACAGAGAGCUUUCAGACUUUGCCCAUACGAGAGCCUAGUCCCCCGUCCGUUCAAGGGCAGCGAGGGGUGGGGAAGGCUUACCGACUGGGCUUGGUCAAGCAGGACGAUGGAGGAAUGCCCAUCCUGGAAUAUAUUGUCAAAUACAAAACAGAUAAGGAAGAACAGUGGAUGACAAAACUGGUUCCAGGUGUUAAUGAUUUUGUGCUGCUUCAACCGCUCCAGUGGAAUACGCAGUAUGAAGUGGAGAUCACUGCCCGUAACGUCAAAGGCCUGUCUGAACCCACAUUUGUGAAGUUCUCCAUGCCGCAGAAGCCCGAUAUCACAGCAGAUUCGCUGUUCAAUGGCCUCGGUCUGGGUGCAGUGGUAGGGCUGGGAUUAGCUUGCCUGCUGCUGCUGCUCGUGCUUGUGGACAUCAGCUGCUUCUUUCUACGGCAGUGCGGUCUGCUCAUGUGCAUCACCCGCAAGCUCUGCAGCAAAAAGACAGCCACAAGCGGCAAGAGCAAAGAGUUAGAGGAGGGCAAGGCUGCCUACCUGAAAUUGCCACUGAAAGAGGAAAAUGGCAAGGAGACGAUGAAGCCGGACACAAUCGAGAUCAAAGUUCAUGGUGACAACAGCCUACACAUGACGCAGGCAGACAGCAAAGCAUAAUGGGGGCCCUGCUGUACACUAAAAGAACAUGCAAAGUGAGCCACCAACAGCAAGCAAACUAAUGCGAACACAAGCAAGAACAUGCCAACCUAUUGUAAGAUCCCUUGUUUAAGGCUCCUUGUCAAGGAUUCAGAAGAGGCCACAUGAUUACUGCUUUGCGAAACAUUUUUUGGAGGUUGCCGCUCGUCAGAGAGGCUCUUGUUUAUUUGUGCUUGCUCUCGCUUGGUUGUGUGUGUGUUUUUUUGUUUGUUUUUUUGUUUUUUUAAGGCUUUGCUGUUGCUUUGCGUCUGAUUCUUUGUUACUUGAAGAGGUUGAGUCUAUGCUGUAAGCUUCACUCUUUCUCUCUCUCUCUGUUUUUUUGUCUCUUUCUUACACUUUCUUUCGGUAUCCAGCUGUUGCACUUUUCCAGUGUGGUUGUGCAUACACAUAGCUUUUAAAGCAAAAAGACAGAAUGUGUCAUAUCACAGUCAAAAUUGUAUGCGUGGGCAUCCCCCACCUCUUUUGCGGUCUGUGUGUUGUAGUUUUGGGUAACUGUAAUGUGUUUAUGUUCUUGCCCCUUUGCCACUGUCUUUGUUACCCAAACGUGACAGUCCAAUAAAUUACAGAAUGCUCAUCCAAGAGAGGAUCAGCCACACUUGACCUCAAACUGAGUAUGAUAUAUGGGUGGUCCUGGUAUUGAGUACUAACGCAGGUCCAAGUCUUUAGACUUUAACUCAACAAAUUUCUCAUUGAUUACAAGUGGGGUUUUGUUUGUAUGACAAUAUGUGUGUUGACAAAAUAUACUUUGUUUCUGACACUUUCGUUUCAUCACAAUCAAAGGAAUGUAGUAUGUACUGUACUGUACUUUCAUGUUGAGAUAUUACGGGGGAAAUUGAAAGUUUGUCACACUGAGUCUGGCCUUGAGGAUGUUGUUUUUGAGUGUGUAUAUGAAUGUGCGUGCUAGCAAGCAUGGAGUACAGAGUGACACGUAAAGACAGUAGAGGAUGCCAAUGUCUUAAUUUAAAUAAAGGAUUAUGAUAUAUGAGAAAUACGUAUUCAAGUGCACCAGUGUAAAUAAAUAUACUUAAUUCUUUGGAACAUUUCAAAAGAUAAAAAAAAUAAUGAAUCAUUGAAGGUCCUGUCUUUGUUUCACACAUGACUGAAUACAAGUUGUGUUUAUCCAGAACAAAAAUAGGCCGUUUUUCAAAAAAUCUAUGUAAAGAUGUUCUGUAUAACUGAUGAAUCGCCAAGAGAUACUGUAAAGAAAGGCAUGCAUGCUUUUCCAAAGGUGGGCUCAGAUGCAUCACAGAGAUGUUAGCUAUCAAAUUAGAUAUGUGUUUUGGUAAUCAAAUCUGACCCAUUUUGUUAUCACUGGGGUGGAAGCUUCAUAUAUUGUAUAAAAGAUCAGGGUUCCACAAUCGUUCAAAACAAAUGAUUUUAGUGUUACAAAAAAGAUGGAAAUGGUAUAAAGAUUAGAAGCAUGCCCCAGUCAAAGUUUGAGUAAGAAGUCUUGACACCAUGUUGUUUAUGUUUACCAUAUCAUUGUCACUUUGGUUUGGACCAACACAUUUCUCCAAACAACUCUAAAGGUGUUGCAUUAUUUCAGCAUUGUAUUUCAUAGACAUCAGGCUCGCCACACUCAGUGCAAUAGAACUUUGUGGAAUGUUGCCCACUUCUUUUCAACAAUCCAAAAGGGAGCACUCCAUCAGCCAAACUGUAAUUGUGGAAUUCUUGUAAACCAGUGUAAUUUUUCUUCUGUAAAUAAAA